CUUUUUUCUUGCCCCCUUAUAUACAUAAAUAUAUUACAUAUUAAACUCACACCAACACUUGAAACAUUUACUCCCUUCUUUUCUGUUUCUGUUUUGUUUUCUGUUUUCUUGAUUGUGUGUUAUGCAAAUGAAAACAAGAAGGGGAAAGAGAUCAUCUCAGGCCUUUUGGCCAUCCAUUGUGAUGAAGAAAUGGCUGAAUAUUCCACCUAAGGUGUAUGAUUUUAGUGAAGAUGAAGCUGAUACCGAAACGGAGAGCGAAGAUGAUGCUUGCUCACUCAAAGAUGAAAGGAUGGUUGAAGAUCAUGGACAUCGAAAACCGGGGAAGCUUAAUGAAUGCCAGACUCAAACUACAGGGAAGCGUUCGGUUGAGUAUACACCGAGACACAGGAGAGGGAAAUCAGAAACUUUGAGAGCUCAGUAUAUUAACACGAAAGAAGUGAGAGUUACAGUUGGUACAUGGAAUGUGGCAGGAAGACUUCCUGAUGAAGAUCUAGAUAUUGAUGAGUGGCUUUGUAUGCAAGAACCAGCAGAUAUCUAUAUUCUUGGAUUCCAAGAGGUGGUCCCUCUGAAUGCUGGAAAUGUACUGGGAGCAGAAAAUAGAAGGCCAGUUCCGAAAUGGGAGGCGAUCAUCCGAAGAACAUUAAACAGGACGGAGGAACCUGAAACUAAGCUCAAGAGUUAUAGUGCUCCGCCUUCUCCAGUUUUAAGGACUUCUUCUGCUGAUGACAUAAUGGCGGAUGCGGUUGAUGCUCCUGAGCUGGAUAGAAUGGAAGAUGAGGCAUCACUCGAUACAGCUUUGAUUUUCCAGAACAAUACUAUCAACUUAGGAAAGAAUCUCUAUUUAAAGAGGAUAUAUGGCAUUGAUUGUGACAGUAGAUUGGAUUGGCCUGAACGUCCACUGGAUGCGACAUCUCAAGUUCUUUCUUCUAAUUUUAAGUUGAGGAGAGUCUUCAGUAGUACCGCGAGAUUUGGUUUUGGUACCAUAGACAAUCUUCUUGCUUUUGACACUACAGGAUUAGACGGUAGAGGGUUAAAAAGGGUGCACCAAAGCUCAGGAAACUUAGGAUUGAUGUCAAUGGAUCAAAAAGAAGAACCUGUAGUUCUUGAUGCUCUUUCUGAUGGCCCUGAUCAAUUUUUUGAUGAGGAAAAUGACAUGUUUGAUGAAUUUCCAGAGGUCAAAGAAGAAAAUUCACUUCUAGAUCAUACAGUGAAGUCUCGUCCAAUGUAUGUACGUAUUGUCAGCAAGCAGAUGGUUGGUAUAUAUGUAUCAGUUUGGGUACGUCGAAGAUUGAGGAGGCAUAUAAACAACUUGCAAGUCUCUGCUGUUGGAAUUGGACUUAUGGGAUACAUGGGCAAUAAGGGAUCUGUUUCUGUGAGCAUGUCUCUUUAUCAGUCGCGGCUAUGCUUUGUUUGUUCUCAUUUGUCAUCCGGACAAAAGGAAGGGGCAGAGCAAAGGCGUAACUCUGAUGUCAAUGAAAUCAUGAGACGUACUCAUUUCACGUCCAUAUUUGACACAGAUACAGAUGAACCACAAACAAUUCCAUCUCAUGAUCAGAUAUUCUGGUUUGGAGACUUAAAUUAUCGAAUCAGUAUGGCGGAUGCUGAGGUACGGAAGCUUGUUGCCAAUAAGCAAUGGGAUGAACUACUCAACAGUGAUCAAUUACACAAAGAACUCCAAAAUGGGCAUGUCUUUGCUGGUUGGAAGGAAGGAUUGGUUAACUUUGCACCAACUUACAAGUAUGAAUUCAACAGUGAUAGAUACAACGGAGAAAUUACGAGAGAAGGGGAAAAGAAGAGAUCACCAGCAUGGUGUGAUCGUAUACUAUGGUUAGGAAAAGGUAUAAAACAGCUGUUUUACAAGCGCGCAGAGUUAAAACUAUCAGAUCAUAGACCUGUAAGCUCAAUGUUCUCAGUAGAAGUGGAAAUAUUUGACCACAGAAAACUACAGAGAGUUCUCAAUGUUAAAAGUGCUUCAGUACAUCCUGACAUUCUGCUAGAGAUUGGAGAGUACUAAAAGAUGAAACUUCUGCAGAUAAAAACUAACAUUAGGUGAGUUGCCAGAAUACAACUCGCAACAAAAAAAGAACAUAUCAUAUACUAGAGCUGGCUACAAGAAAAAUGUGUCUAAUGUUUUGUACAAAGUGAGUUUUCCUUUGUAUUUGAUUUUGAUCUGGGACAUCCUAUAAUGUAUUUUUU